GGAAGCGACACAACAGGAAGCCACGCCAGUAUACACGCGAGAUAUCACGCUCAGCUCCGCAGCCAGCAGUGCCCAAUCACCCGCCUCCAGGUGCAGAGCUGACACUUAGAAAGACUUGUUCAUGGGCAGGAGGAAGUAUGUCAGUGCUAGCAGAGUGCGGAGAGAGCGGCGAUGGCUAAUUGAAGCGCACGUCGUCUGUCAAGUUCAUUGAUCUGAGAGAUCUGUGGUCGUUGCCCCCUGAAGAAGACUUUGUUCUGGGCAGAAGCGAUGGGUUCGGACGUGACGAAGGCAGCAGCUCCAACGGAGCUAUUUUCUUGAGUGAUUUCGACGAAGUGCAGUCUGAGAAGCUCUGGUGGAUCUUCAACCUGUAGCGUAAUGCCAAGUCCAAGUACCUGGAGGGGGAAGAUCGAGACGUCCGAGCUCCGGUCGUGCAACUUGCGCUAUCUACGGACACUUCUGGACGCGUUUGACUCACCGCAGAUCGUUGUGAUUUACUUCGGAGGACCGGAAAGCGACAGCCGACUCAAUCGUAGCGCCAGGAUGAACACGAGCUCCGUCCGAUGUGAACACUGGCAGCCCAAUGGGAUGCUGGACUUUGAAGUCUCUUGUAUGAAUUCCCACGCGUUGACAUAAAAACGACAGCUGGUGUUAUCGAUUGGCUACGAGUACUCCGCGGAAGUGCGAGCCCCGUUCGGACGCAUCCGAAGCUCCAGUUCAAGGUGUUUGGUGUCCAUGAGGGCGACACACGAGCGUGGCGUCAGGAAAUCCCACGGCCAGAAUGAUAUUUGUUCGAGUACGACAUGUUGGAGGCUGAAGACGCUGCAGCUGGCACCGGAGCUCUACGUAAGAUGCAAUUACUUGGCGCUAAGCUCUUAGUGAAGUUGUUGGGAGUCUUGUUGCUGGGGAUCUUUGUUGUGGUCGUGAAGAACUCGUACCCGAAGAUCCAGGAAGUGACCACGAGUCAGCUGAAGCUGCUGGAGCCGUUCCGGUGGCAACACACGGUCCUGCCGUUCGUCUCUGAGACGUCUUGGGGUUUCCUGUGACGUGGUUGUCACUAGCCAAUGGCAUGGCAGUGACCAGCCAC